GACAAAUCUUACCACGGAUAUACCUGUAUGUGAACAGAACCUCUCUUUCUUUGCUUCUUUGGAUACCCUUCGUAGAUUAUUGUAUAUAUUUUGCCUUAUUGCUUGCUUCUCCGAGUCGUGACCGUUCUGCGACCCGUUCGGCGUUCGCAUCUGAUCCCACCCCGCCUCCGCCUAUUGACCGCUUCGCAAUCCCUCUGACAAUUCUCCUCCCGCUUUACACAAUGCCGUCCGCAAUAACAGACGAAGGUCUGAAGUUCAAUACAAUUGAAGAGACUAUAGAAGCAUUCAGAAAUGGAGAAUUCAUCGUUGUGUUGGAUUCUCAGAACCGGGAGAAUGAAGGGGACUUGAUCAUCGCCGCCGAUGCGGUCACACCCGCAAAAAUGGCGUUCAUGAUCCGCUACACAAGCGGUUAUAUCUGCGCCCCAAUUCUCCCCGAGCUUGCUGCUUCUCUCGAUCUUCCGCAAAUGGUGACGGACAGCACAGACCCUAACCGGACCGCAUACACAAUCUCAAUCGACUCAAACGACCCCUCCGUUUCGACUGGAAUAUCUGCCCGUGAUCGCUCUCUCACCUGCCGUAACCUUGCCUCCCCAGACGUCAAACCCACCGAUUUCCGGCGGCCAGGACAUAUUCUUCCGCUCCGCGCUCGACCCGGUGGUGUUCGUGAACGUAAUGGCCACACUGAAGCGACGAUAGAUUUCUGCAGAUUGGCUGGAAAGCGAGAGGUUGGCGUGAUCUGUGAGCUUGUGGAAGAUGGUGACGAGGUUGCUCCCAAUGUUGCAGAGAGGACGGAUUGUUCGAUGAUGAGAAGAGAUGGGUGUCUGAGAUUUGGGAAGAGAUGGGGGCUGAAAGUUUGCACGAUUGAGGAUUUAGUGGACUACUUGGAGAAGACGGAAGGAUCGCUUCCUACACUAAACGGGAAGCAUUGAAAUGAAUUGGCAUUGUUUUUACAUGACUUUCGGGAGAAAAACGCCAAUAUCCUUGUGAAGCCGUUUCUCGAGUUACUGGGGACUUUGUGAUAGGUUUUGGAUGUCCUGGUUUGGAGCAUGUUUCAGAACAGCAAUGUAAAUACCAGUGUAAUUCAAUAAAUAGAGAAAUCAAUUGGAAUAUGCGGAGUA